AUGUUUAUUCCAAUAACACCUCAAAUCAACGACUAUGCCUUUGGUCGUUUUCGUGAAUUGCCAUCACCACUAUUUGGAUCAACACCACCUUGGCUUAUGCAAAUUCCUGUUAAUCACAAAAUAUCAUUGGGAAGUGACAUUAUUCAUUUUAUUAAAUUUAUUCAACUUAACCCUUCAGAAAAAGAUAAAAGAAAACAACUUAUUAAACAAGUAACUAAAGUUAUAGAUUCUUUAAAAAUAAUUAGUAAGAAUGGAAAACCAAAAGUAAGUUUUAUUUCACCACAAACACCAUCAUGUGUAACAUUAUACGGAAGUGAAAAAUCAAAUUUGGCAUUACCAUUUAGUGACAUUGAUAUAUCUCUUAGUGGUGAAUUUAUUAAUGUUAACUCUACAAUAGCUUUUCAAUUUAUAUCUGAUGCAUUGGCAAAUGCUUGUAUAUGUAAUGAAGUAUUAUCACUUCCAUUAGCACGAAUUCCAUUAUUAAAAAUGAAAGGAAUUCAAGAUGAAAUUAAUAUAGAUAUCUCAAUAGAUAACCAAAAUGGAAUUGAAACUACAAAACUUAUAGGAAGAUUAUGUCAUAAAAACUCAAUGUUAAGGCCCCUUGUUAUUCUUAUUCGAUAUUUAUUACACCAAGCAGGAUUUACAUCAGUUAUGAAUGGUGGAUUAAAUACAUUUAUGAUAACUCUACUUGUAUAUUCAUUUCUAGAAAUGUAUAAUACUGGAAAUAUUACUGGUGGUAUUCCAGAUAACGAUAUAGGUAGUGUAUUUAUUACUUUUCUUCAACACUUUGGCUAUGACUUUAAUUACUCAAAAUAUGGAAUAAGUGUUGGUGUUGAAUGUUCAUAUUUCGAGAAGGCUUCUAGGGGAUGGCUCGACUCAAAAAGGCCUUGUAUGUUAACUAUAGAAAAUCCAUUUGACGAAACUUCAAAUCUAACACCAAACGUAUACCUAACACCAUCAAUAAAAACAUAUUUUGCAAACUGUUUACAAUGGAUUUUACCAUCUAUGGGAGAUGAUAUAUAUUUAUUUCUUCCAUCUAAUUCACGACUUGCUCGUAUCAUUUCAUUACCCGAAGAGUUACUUAACAGAAAUAAAUGA